AGCAGUGCCGGGCUUGCUGCCGCUGCUGUUGCUGUUGCUGCCUCUGUACUGACCAGCACACACUGUGCUCCUGUGAUCACCUGACAGUCUCAUGUUGUUGUGUGAAUUUAGUUCACCGCUAUUCUUAGACCUUGCUUUGCUGAGAGAGAAGAGAGGAGAGAAGACAGAGGGGAGAGGGCUGGGGAAAGACUGGCAGACUUGCAAUGAUGCCCAGCUGGCCAAUCCCCCAGCUGGAGCCCAGUCAGAUCAGGUUGAUAGUCUACCAGGACUGUGAGAGGCGGGGCAGGAAUGUCCUCUUCGAUUCUAAUGCCAAAAAGAGGGGCACGGAGGAAACCCCCAUCGCUAGCACAGAGAGCCAGGUUAAGAUGUUUGGGAAAUGUUGCCAGCUCCGUCCUACGGGGGGCAGCAGCAGUUCCUUGGACAGCUCCUCCUCCUGCACCUCAGAAACACGGGAGUCUAAGGAGCAGGGCCUUCGCUUCCAGGGUUCGAGGUGUUCAUCAGAUGUGGUAAUGCUCGGGGAAAUGAUGUUUGGCUCUGUGGCAAUGAGCUACAAAGGCUCCACAUUAAAAAUCCAUCAGAUCAGAUCGCCACCUCAACUGAUGCUGAGUAAGGUCUUCACGGCAAGGACAGGAGGCAGUGUGUAUGGCAGCCUCAACACGUUACAGGACAGCCUAGAGUUCAUUGGACAGGACAGCAACACUCUUCGGCCUGAUCAAAACACAGGGCCCAGCAGUCUGCUAGGGAACAUAGGAUUUUCUCAGCUCUGCAGCCCUCGACGGGCGUUCUCAGAACAAGGCCCUCUGCGCCUCAUCAAAAGCGCAUCUUUCUUUUCAGGUCACAGUCACCCAAUGGACAUGCCGGGCCGAGGGUUGCAUGACGAGAGGGACAGCGGCAUCGCCAGGUCGGCCUCUCUAAGCAGCCUGUUGAUCACCCCCUUCCCGUCUCCCGGCUCCUCCCUGACCAGCAGCUGUGCGUCAAGCUACCAGCGCCGGUGGCUCCGCAGUCAAACCACCAGUCUGGAGAAUGGGGUCUUCCCCCGAUGGUCCGUGGAGGAGAGCUUCAACAUGUCUGAUGAAAGUGCAGGACCGAGUCUUGGAGUGGCUCGGAAGAAAAAGAUUGCCAUCGGGGUCAUCUUCAUGCUGUCCCAUAACUCUGAGGAGAACAAUCGUUUCCAGGACUUCUUUUUCUCCCACUUCCCUCUCUUUGAAAGCCACAUGAACAAACUCAAGAUGGCCAUUGAACAGGCCAUGAAGAGCCGACGGUCAGCUGAUGCCAGCCAGAGGGCGUCUGCUUACAGCCGCAUGGUCGAUGGACUGAACGAAUUCAGGAUGACCAUCUGUGACCUCUACACCAUGCCCCGCGUGGCUGAGCCCGUCUGGUUGACCAUGAUGUCUGGAGCAUCAGAGAAAAACCAGCUCUGCGGUCAAUUCAUGAGGGAGCUGUCCCUUCUGAUGGAGCAGGCCUCCAAGAACCAAUUCCUUCCUGCAUUGUUGACAGCCAUCCUGACCAAUCAUUUGGCCUGGGUUCCCACCGUCAUGCCUAAUGGGCAGCCCCCAAUAAAGAUCUUCCUAGAGAAACACUCCUCACAAAGCGUCGACAUGCUUGCCAAGACGCACCCUUACAACCCACUGUGGGCACAGCUAGGUGACCUAUACGGUGCCAUUGGGUCUCCAGUGCGGCUCUCGAGAACAGUGGUGGUGGGCCGCAGGCAGGAGCUGGUCCAAAGACUCCUUUAUGUCCUCACAUACUUCAUCCGCUGCUCAGAGCUGCUGGAGACUCACAUGCUGGACAGCGCUGAGGACGAGGCUAUCGUCAUGCCAGGCUCCCUCAUCACCACCUCCCUGAGGAAGGGAGAAGUGGAGGAGUCAGACUACGUCCUGGUUACCGUCCAUAAACCCAGUGGGGAUUACCUGUCCCAGAGCGUCCACGGCCGACAGACGGAGGCCGAGGACAGCAGCUACCCCUCAGAUAACAGCCUCCAGAGCAGCACGUAUACGGACACUGAGCUGGAGCAUGGCGCUGGGGAUACACCGAAGGAGGAGGAUGAGGAGGACGAGGAAGAGGAAGACGAGGACAGCAGCGAGAGUCAAGGGUCUAGGAGUAGUGUGCUUCAGACGGGACACAGUCAGGGUCUGUUGCCAGUUUUAAGGACUGGAGAAGCCCCUGAAUUGCACAGGGAGUCCAGCAGUCCACUGACCACAGAGGCCCGACUGGAGACGGUUCUCCGGGUCGGCUCAUCAUCCCCCAGUGACUGUGUUCUGGAUGGAGAGACCAAGAGUGACCUGAAACUCCACAUCUCAUCUAUACCAUCACAUCCAUCCUUUACCUCAGCCACCUCAGAGUGUAAAAGCUCUGCACUGGAGGCUGGAAUGGACACAGGGAUGGGAAGCCAGUCCAGUAAGGGGUCGACUCACUGGGCUUUGGGGAUUUCCUUGGAAAAGAAGCCUCCGGAUAAGAAUGUGGCCUCUGCAGUUCCGGUUCCAGGAGCACCAGGAAACACCAUGACUGGGCCGAUGGCUCUGACUCUGACUGGAGAGGAAGAGCCUGCAACAAAAGUCACCUUCCUCAUCGGAGAUUCCAUGUCACCUGAGUCAGACACAGAAAGCCGCGGAAGAAGGAUGGAAGAGGAAAUUAAAAAGCACAAGAAACACCUCAAGGACAAACAUCCGCUUCACCAGCGACUGCUGCUUCAUCAGCAACAACAGUAUCAGCAGCAACAACAGCUGCACAAAGAAGCAGAUUCACAGACCAGCAACAACAGCACAUCACAGGACCAAACCAAACAGACCAAGGAGGCCCCCGCACUGCAGCGGGUGUCCAGCAAAAUGCCCCAGUGGAGCCCAAACUGUAUGGACGAUUUCGAUGAGUAUUUUAGUCUGGAGAACCCUGUGGAGACCAGGACUAUAGACGAUUUGGCCAAACGACAGCAGGCCAGCAACACACACAGCAUGCACAAACAGUUGUUGGACCCCUCAGGAGGCCCCCUGCUCUGUGACUUGAGGGGUCACAGCAGUCAAGGUGUGUCCAGGGGUCACGUUUUGGGCCUCUGCUUGGAUUCUGGGAGUAUAGAUUCAGGAUCCAGCAGAAGGGGGGAUAGGAGAGGAGAUGCUUUUUCAGACACUCUGAGGAGAUGCAGAUGUGGGUCUACAGACUCUGCUGACAACUGCUACUGUAGGGGCUGUUCUGCUGAGCAGGACAAGGGCCUCGUGUUGUCAGUCCCCGUCCCACAGGAUGUUAGCAGCAGCAACGAGGACCAAAAGCGCAAAGUUUUGCCUGUCAACGACUGGGAGAUACCACGGAACGAGAGCUCGGACAGCGCACUGGGGGACAGCGAGAGUGAGGAGACAGAAGACUGGCAGGAGGAAGUGCUGGUACCUUUCCCUGGGUCAAAGUUGGUGGAGAACUACUCCAAGCCUAGCAUCGCCAAUUUUGGCCGGUCUUUGUUUGGAGGCUACUGCCCCACCUAUGUGCCGGACUUUGUCCUGCAUGGCAUGCCCAGUGACGACAAGCUACGGCAAAGCCUCAUGGGUGAAUUAGCCCAUGCUGUUCAGCAUCCAGUAUUGGAUGAGCCCAUAGCAGAGGCCGUCUGCAUUAUCGCAGACACAGAUAAGUGGACGGUGCAGGUGGCAAGCAGUCAGAGACGGGCCACGGACAUCAACAAGCUGGGGAAAGAAGUCUUAGUGUCCAGUCUGGUGUCCAGCCUGCUACAGUCCACUCACCAGCUCUACAAACUCAACCUCUCACCCAACUUUUGUAUAAUGCACCUUGAGGACCGCCUGCAGGAAAUCUACUUCAAGAGUAAGAUGCUUGCGGAGUAUUUGAAGGGCCAGACAAGAGUCCAUGUGAAAGAACUGGGCAUGGUCUUAGGAAUCGAGUCCAGUGACCUUCCCCUGUUGGCUGCAGUGGCCAGCACCCACUCCCCUUACGUGGCCCAGAUCCUGCUAUAAGACCGUGGAACAGCUCUGAAAACCAGUCAGAACUGAAAGGUGCCACUCAGGCCCCCCUCCCAACACACAACCCCACCCCCCAAAAAAAAGACAUCCAUCCAUCCAUGCUUUGCAGCUGGUUCCUGAAACUGUGCACAGAGUCCUGAGCAGAUCAGAGCAUGUCUGUGGAGCGGAGCCACAGCCUCUGCACUACAGCUGCAGACACAGGCGCAGUGCCACCGCUGACCACCAGGGGGAGUUAGAGACCACACAGACGGAGCGAGGACUCUGGACGCUGUCCCAAAACAACCCGCUCCUGUCCUUUUGAAUGUUUUCUUUUAAAGACCCAACUUUCUUUUCCCUCUAAUUUUUUUUUCUUUUUUUUUUGGACACAAAAGCCAAAGACUUUCAUAUGUCUUUUUUUCCAGUUGAGAAUGAAAAUUUUAAGAUUAUCUACAGUAUAACAACAACGGAUUUUGUUCUUUCAACUGUUUUUUUUUUUUUUUUCAGUACAAUCUUAAAACCAAGUCAUGCAAAGUGACGUUUAAAGGUAACAGGCGUUUUCCUUUGAGGUUAAUAUCAUUCAGAACAUUAUCAAUCUCAUGCCAACUCUAUUUUUUUUUUUCUUUUAUCAUGAUGUGUUUGUUUACAAGCCAAAUUUCCCUGAGAUAUUUCAUUUACCUUUUUUUUUUUUUUUUGUCAAAGUCCUACAUUUUGGGCCAUGUGGGAGGGUAACGUAUGCACACUGUCAUUUUUAGUUUUACAAACCUGUUUUAAAAAUGGCUAAAAGUGGCUUUGACAUUCUUAUCAUAGGUACAGCACUACCUCAGAUCUUCACGUGGGCAGUGGAAAGACACAUUUUACACAAGCCCUAGAAAACCCUGAGGUAUACUUUGGAAGCUAUUUUAAUCAGUGGAAUGUCAGCGUUAACUGUGUGCGACUCAAUGCUGUGUUCUAUGUGAAAACAAUGAAAAGGGAAGGUUGUUUUAAUUCCGGAGGAUGAUCGACAGUUUCGCUUCAGAAUGUCAUUACGAAGGGUCCCUUUCUACUGUGGAAGAGCUAAAAACACGCACCACCUAUGUAUAUUUUAAAACCGAAAUGCUGAAAUAUUUUCACACUUUUAUAGCUUCGCCACCUUUGUACGAUGUUUACGGCUCUCGAUGUUUGCUGUAGAGAGGAGUAGAGGAACCCAGUAGGCCUUAUUUGAUAGUAAAGGGAUUCAAGUAUGUGUACGUUUUCAACACUAUUUGCAAAUGCAGUUCAUUCAAAGGCAAAAAAAA